AUGCCACUAGAAUUUCAUGGGUCCGAAACUCACCAUGGCUCUCAACGAAUGUUUUCCGAGGAUGAGGUGACGGUCAUUAUGUCAAACCAGGCCAGUCUGAAGUACAAGGAUAUGCUCAAGGCCAAUUCUCAGUCUCUCAGUGACCUGGGUGCCUUUGGUCUGCCUUGGCUUGUAGUCAGCAACUCUGAAGGGCACAAAGAGCCUUUUUUUGGCAGUGACAGGUUUCACCAUAUAUACAAGUUUCUACGCUUGCCUGUCCAGGAUUUUGAAUUUCUUCCCUCUCUCGACUUUUUCCAGGAUGCAAGACUAAAGCUUUGA